CUUGAACAAUCUUUAAGAACCAUACUAUUGAAGCUCCAUGCCAUUCCGUUUUACUUGGACGAUACAUUCUCUGAUGAGGCCAGUUUUAGUAUCAGAAUAGAAACUAGCAUGUUAUCUACUGUGGAAUUUAAUUCUAUGCCAGCAUAUGAGGAUUUUCCGUGGAUCGAGCAAGAAACUGAGCAAGAUAUCGUUGAAAGUGAGACCUCGAUCGUUCCAAUACACAUGCUAGACUCCGAUAGUUUAAAGCUGCAAUUUUACGUGGAAAAGAAGCAAAACUAAAAUGGAUAAAACGGCCAAAACGAAAACGGUGGGGGUGUUCGAGAACGUGGUCACCCAAGAACGUUGCAAGAGAAAGAAGAAAUUUAAGACCCAUCGGUUUUCGGAUGACGAUUCCUCACCCUCUGAGUCCGAUUUGGUGAUCGAUGACUCGGAAGAGACUUUGAAACGUAAAAAGACCCAGCAAACCGGUGUCAGAGUCAGACUGAAGGAAGAAACGUUAAAUUUGGCUUGCCAGUGGCUUGAGUGUAGUGAACAUUUUGAAGAUGAAACGUCUUUUUAUUGCCAUUUGAGUUCGCAUGUUACGGAAAAUGAUGAUCUAAAAUGUAAAUGGUCGGACUGUCCCGACCCCAAUGCCCAGCCCAUGUCCGCCCUACUAGAGCGCCACUUGACUUAUCACGGAUACGUCGCGAAACUGAUCAGUAUCGGACAGAACGUGGUGAACCGCAACAAUUUUCCCGAUUGUUCGUUACCGAAAAAAUACACGGUGGACGUACCCCCGAUGACGACGUAUUACGAGUGCGAGUGGCAGGGCUGCGAACACGUGAAAACGAACACGUUCGGCGACUUGUUGGCGCACGUGCAGUGUCACGUGAUGGCCGCGCCCACCGGCAAAAAGGCGGGGCAAAAGUGCGUCGUACCUUGUUUAUGGAAAUGUUGUUCGAUGCAAUUUAACAGCCGUUACAAACUGGCGGACCAUUUAAAAAUCCAUACUAAAGAACGCGUGGUCGGUUGUCCCACUUGCUAUUCACUUUUUUCCAGUAAAACGACCUUCUCGGACCAUCGGAAGCGCCAAAUGCAGUCUUACAUGCGUAGUUAUCAAUGCUCGCAAUGUCUGAAACUGUUCUCGGUGGAGCGGCUUUUGAGCGAUCACAUGCGCUCCCAUAUAAACCAGUACAAGUGCAAUUUAUGCGAUAUGACCAGUCCGAAGCCCUCGAUGCUCGCCAAGCAUUACCGGUACCGGCACAUGUCCGUUAGGCCCUUCAAUUGUCAUAUUUGUAAUAAAAGUUUUGUAACCAAAUCCAACCUAAACACCCACCUAUUAACCCACGAGGAUAAACCGUUUAAGUGCGACCAAUGUGAGUUCGGGUGUAAAAGUAAAGUUGGUUUGAAGAAUCACAUGCUCAAGGUGCACGGGCUUAUGGAUGCAUCAAAGUACGAGUGUCAAGUGUGUAAAGUGCUUUUUAAGAGAGGAGACUAUUUGACGUACCAUUUGAUUAAUCGUCAUAAUUUCCAUUGGCCUUCUGGGCAUAGCAGAUUUAGGUACCGCAAAGACACCGACGGCAUAUUCCGUCUACAAACCGUACGUUACGAGAGCAUCGAAGUAACCGAACAAAUGAUCCAGAGUGAGUCGCAACAAGCAGCAAACAACCCGUCCGCGGUCGUUUACAACGUAACAUGCGACGAAGACGAUUACAAAUUGACCAUCGAGGAGCACGAGGUCAAUGAGCGAAUUUCUGAUCCGGCAACAAGUAGCAACAAAGUUAUCAUCGUAUUCGAAGACCUUGACGAGGAAGGAAACGUGAUACUGAAGAAAGAGAUCGAUACGAAUAAUUUGUUUGUUAGUGAGGGAGAUGGAGAGGUGCAGGAGGAGAAGAAAGUUUUGGCCAGUAGAAAUAUGCCUCACUUUGAACAGGUUUAUUUGAAGAACUGGCCUCACAUUCUGGAACACGACGACACAAAAUGCGAUUUUCCUUAUGCCUCCGACCUAGUAUCCUUCAUCAAAGCGAAUUUCCAAGAUGAUUUUUCGGUGGGCAUCGCUGGCUACCCCAACGGACACCCCCAUUGUAAAACUUUAGAAGAGGAUAUGGAACAUCUAAAGAAAAAGGUAGACAGUGGUGCGGAUUUCAUCGUGACCCAAGCGACCUUCUGCUACGACACCCUCGAACAAUUCGCGGCGAGGUGCUUAGAAAACGACAUAAAAGUGCCGAUAUUACCGGGCGUGUUGGUAAUAAAAUCUUAUAAAACUUUACUGACGAUCGCGCGAUGUUGCGAGUUUAAAGUGGCCGAGCACGUGUUCGCAUUUGUUAAAGAAAACAGGGAAAAACCAGAGGUGGUGGAGAAUUACGGGCUCGAAUUGGCCGCCCAAUUGGUGGCGAAAAGUUGGGCGCAUCCGGGGUUGUUGGCGGGGGCGCACAUAUUCACCAUGAACGAUUUGGGGGAGGUGAACAAGGUACUCGCUAAGGUUUCUGAACAGGUUUAGUCAGAAGAUUUUUUGGACUGGAAUUACACUGUGGAACCAUGUGGAUUUCAGUGAAGAAUCCACGUUCAAUUUCGUUUCCUUCGAGUUAAUUAAACGAGUACAAUGUCACUGAAUUGCAGCAAAAGUAUAUUGGUUUAUGUGUGAAACGGACUAUAUUUAAGAAAAUGUCUUUGUUUUUUUUUUAUUCCAGGUAGUCCAUAGAUGUCAUUCUUCUAUUUAAAUAAAAAAUAACUUUAACUGUC